GCAUUGGACUGGAAUACACAAUCAGUUAAAAUGGGGACUAAAUGACCGCUCAUUUCGCCCCAACCUCGGGUCGGGGAUGGCAAGCGCGUGCUGCGUACUCGUUCCAACGGCUACCGUUAGGCGCGCCCGCGUCCAGCUGUGGUCACAUGAUCCCCCGAAUGGUCCAAUGGGAGUGUGCCGGUCCGAUUCAAAUCGCCUCGUGGAGUUCUGAAGUUGGAACUCGUGACGGUUGCUUGGAGCUGCAGCUGAGUUGCGCUGUCACUGUUUCAGUUGUCCAGCCCACGUCGAGCAGGCAGAUAUGUCGAACAAACAGAUCUAUUACUCGGACAAAUAUUAUGACGACCAGUAUGAGUACAGGCAUGUUAUGUUGCCCAAAGAACUUGCAAAGCAAGUACCGAAGACUCAUCUUAUGUCUGAGGAUGAAUGGCGGAAGCUAGGUGUCCAGCAGUCUCUCGGCUGGGUCCAUUACAUGAUGCAUGAACCAGAACCCCACAUUCUGCUGUUCCGAAGACCUCUUCCAAAGGACCAGGAAAAAUAAAUCUUCACUUUCUGGAAAUCUCUGGGACUUUAUGUAAAUAUUGUAGUAUUCAGUGAAUACAUUAAAAUUGUACAAAUUCAUUCAAACCUGUGUAUGAGCUGUAUUCUAAACAGCAAUAGAGCUCAUUGUGGUACAGUGGGUUUAGACUGCUGUGAGAUAUAUUUAAAAAAGUACAAGGAGUCAAAAUGAUGUUGGUUCCACUAAGAAAUUAUAGUGCCUUCUGUUUACUUUUUUCCUGUGAACUCCUUUUUGUCUGUUUUCUUUUGAUGGAUACAGUUGUGAAUAAAAAGAGAU